AUGGAGAUCGAGGAACUGGCCGCUGAUGGCCGGCCAAAAGCCAUCUUCAGUCUGGAUAUCCCGGCUGGGAAACUGCGAAUAUCCAGUCCACCCACGGUUACAUCCCCUCAAACAGGCUUUUCAUGGCUUAACAGAUGUCUAAGCCCUUUCCUCCCAGCAGGAUAUCCUUCAACGGUCACCCCAGACUAUACGCCGUACCAGAUCUAUAAUUCACUGCAGGCCUUCGCUUCCACCAUCGCAGGUUUACUGGCAUCAAGAGCAGUCUUUGUCGGAAUGGGCGUGGGAUCGGAAGAUGCCUCUCUUGUCACCACUAUGUUGUUACACAUCGCCCAAGAGACCAUUGGUCGCGUUGCCACCAUUGUGUUCGCCCAUCGAUUUUCCCAACGUAUCGAGGCCGAGGUCAAAUUCUACCGGUUCUUCGCCGACAUCGUCAAUGACACAGCAUUCAUGCUCGACUGCAUGAGCCCUGCUAUGUCCACCCUGGGUCGUGUCAUCACUCUGUGCGUCAGUAAUGCCUGUCGCGCUGUAUGCGGAGUGGCUGGUGGAAGCAGCAAAGCCAUCUUGUGCUCACACUUUGCCAAAGCGGGUAACAUAGGGGAGCUCAGUGCCAAAGGUGGUAGUCAAGAGACCAUGGUCAGUCUAAUGGGCAUGUGGGUGGGAGGCGUCCUUGUUAGCAAAGUCCACGGCACUGUUGCGACCUGGUCAUGUCUGAUUCCUUUACUAGUAUUUCAUUUAUGGGCCAAUUGGAAAGCUGUGAGAAGCGUGUGCCUAAGCUCUCUCAACACUGACCGCGCCUUGAUAUUCUUCCGCGGCGUUCUUGAAGGUCAGGUCAAAGACGCGCAACAGGUUGGGGCGGAAGAGACUAUAUUGGGUCGGCGCACUGUAUCAUGUGGGCUUCGUGGGCUCUAUCUCACCCGCUUCCGCGUUGGCGUUGGUGUAAACGACUUGGUGGCAUGCAUGUAUGGUCGUGCCGACCACGAGUCUCGCAAUUUGCACGACCUGAUAGACUUGUUCCACAUCUUUGGCGAGGAAGAAUACGUGCUUUGGUUCGAUGUGGACAAGAGAGAGGCACUGAUCUUGCUGAAGGACACCGCCACAGGGCCUACACAGGCCCGGAGUAUCUGUCAUCUGCUUCGAUGUCUCAGAACACAGGCAACCACAGCAUCCGCCGCAGAGGCUCACGGCAGAGAACAAGGGAGCAGGCCCAUCAAGAGAGCCAUCGAACCCUCCGAGAGGCUGCACGAUAGUCAACAAAGGCUGUCGAUGUCCACGGACGGGUAUCAUCGAAGCAUCCAGUUACUCCUCGACACCCUCCAUGAAAACCGUGAGCAAUGGAGUCGCAUCCGGGAUCAGGCCGAAGAAGUUGGCUGGGACCUUGGUCUGACCGAUUUGGUGAAAGGACAAGGCGCUCGCAUUCGAUUGAAUGAUGAGGAAGUCAAGAAGGUCCAAUAA